GUAUGGUUGACCUUUGGUUCCAUCAGCUAUGGCAAGACGUGUUCGGCGACUGAACUCAAGGUGUCAACGGCCUCUUCAAACAUUCGGCCCAAGCGCGGGUCAACGGGAUCGCGGCUCCAGCCGAGCCAAGAGCCGUCGCCAUGGGACGGAGGUGUGUGGUGCUGUGUGCUCUUGGCUGCCUUCAUUUUAGCCUUCAGCGAUCAUGGGUGAGUCCCCGUGAGCAUGCCGCUGUUGGCUACUACACUGCUGCCCUGAGGGGCGCCGCAACUGCAGUCCACGGCAGCGAGAGCUCCGGCUUCAAGCGGCUGGCGCUGCUGCACUACGAGGCCGUGGAGCUGCGCAGGGCGCGGAAGUUUGCGGAGAGCUCGGCGGUGUACCGUGCGGCGAUCGCUCUACAAGAGACGCUGCCUCCAACGAAGGAAGUGCCUACCUUUGCGGCAGCUGCAUGCUCCUGGCUGAACCUGGCGCUCACGGAGCAGAAGACCUCCACGUGCCUGGACGCCGCGCGGUCGGCGUUUCAGGAGGGCACCCGAUAUGUGCAGGGCCUCAUUCACAAGGAGCUGGAUGUGUGGAUUGAUGGCCAUCAUCAAGUGAGGUCGCGGGCUCCCGUCCUGGAGAGCCACAACCUGCGCGUGGCCCGGCGCUGGCUGGCCACGCUGCUGGUGGCCUGGGGCCUGCUGGAGACCAAGCGGGGCUUCCGGGCCCGCGCCCAGGUGCUGGCAGCGCGCGCAGCUGUGCUGGACGAGAGCAAAGCAAAGGUCCUUGGCUGGAAGGUGGUUCAAGGCUGACAAGGCACUCUCUUCCAGGUUGACGAGAGGUGCAGCUGCCAGCAGCCAGAAGCAAGAACGCCUCUCCUGCAUGCAAAGUUGUAAAUGGCCGCAAAGCUCACUGCGAGUCGCAGUCCAAGUCCGAGGAUUGGAGACUUGGUGAAGGCUCUGAUCAGAAGUGCUUAGAUUUGGACAUCGACUUAUCAAGACUCGCAGUGCGGCCAUUGGGCGGCAAUGUUGCUGCCAAUUCUUCCAACGACGUAAUUGGUAGCGCCAGCCGAUCUCUGACUUGUAAGGUCCGUGACUGCGCUUGGAAUUUGGCUUAAGUUUUUACCUGCGGCAGCCAAAGCUGGCCAGCAGAUGGCAGUUGGCACGUUUUCGCGGGGCCCAAGAAAUAGAAUCCCCUUGUGGAUGCAGGAGUCACCGUCUCCAGGGUCUCGGAAAUGCACGAAAAGGAUGUUAGUGCAAUUUUGGAAGCCGAGCAAGAUUGCAGGAAUGCCCAAAAGAAAGAAGGAA